CCCUAUUGUUGCUCUUAAAAUUUAUUUUAAAUAUAGUUUUUCAUUUUUUAACAUAAUUCACGCGUUUAAAAAAUGCUGUUCAGUUAAUUAAAUCAUUGUGCAAGAAUCAAUUGUUUGUGUGAAAUAGUAUUAAAGUGAUAAGGAGUUCUCGAAAGUCCAGAAAAUAGCCAAGCAACACAAAUAAGCUAAUUUACAAAAACAUCCAGAAUAAUGUGAAUUUUAUUAUUAUUUUAAUUAUAAUAUUAUUAAGUGCUUAAAUUCAUUAAAUCACAACAAAGAUGAGCUUAAACAAUAAUGAACCAUUAAAUCAAAUAGAUGAGGAUAGAAAGCAAAGAUUGCUUGCAUUAGAAUCGCGAAUACGAGAGCCUGGAAGUGUAGCAUGUAUCGAUAGUUUAUUAGAUACCGUCACGGCAAUAAUUGCUGAUUGCAGUCAUGAUCCAAUUCGACAGCUUAAAAAUAUCGAAGCAUAUACGAACAGAUAUGCUGAACUUGCCAAUGAAAUUACUAGGCUACGCAUGAAACCUAGUGACUUUGAUGUAAUCAAGUUAAUUGGACGUGGUGCGUUUGGCGAAGUGCAACUCGUUCGUCAUAUGUCGUCGGGGAAAGUUUAUGCUAUGAAGAGACUUAAUAAAUUCCAAAUGAUUAAACGUCCUGAUUCCGCAUUCUUCUGGGAAGAACGAUACAUUAUGGCACACGCGAAUUCAGAUUGGAUUGUUAAAUUACACUAUGCAUUUCAAGAUAACAGAUAUCUUUAUAUGAUCAUGGAUUACAUGCCAGGUGGCGAUAUUGUUGGACUUAUGGCAAUGUAUGAGAUUCCUGAAAAAUGGGCCAUAUUCUACACAAUGGAAGUAGUUUUAGCACUUGACGUAAUUCACAACAUGGGAUUUGUUCAUCGUGACGUUAAGCCUGAUAAUUUAUUGCUUGAUAAGUAUGGUCACCUGAAAUUGACUGAUUUCGGAACAUGCAUGGCAAUGGACGAUGACGGAUUAGUGAGAUCAAAUAGUGCUGUUGGAACUCCAGAUUACAUUAGCCCAGAAGUUCUAAAAGGUGAUGGGGGUGUUUAUGGACGCGAAUGUGAUUGGUGGAGUGUUGGAAUAUUCUUAUAUGAAAUGCUCGUUGGUGAUACUCCCUUUUAUGCUGACAGUUUAGUCGGUACAUAUGGAAAAAUAUUUGAUUUUAAAAAUUCUCUUAAAUUUCCACCGGAAGUAGAAUUAAGUCUUAAUGCAAAGUCACUGAUAAAGGCUUUCCUCACCGAUCAACAUCAUCGAUUAGGUCGUAGUGGAAUUGAAGAUAUAAAACGUCAUCCAUUCUUUGAAAAUGAUCAAUGGACAUGGGAUAAUUUACGUGAAAGUGUACCGCCUGUUGUGCCAGAAUUAAGUAGUGACGAUGAUACGAGGAAUUUUGAGGAUAUUGAGGAAGAGACGAAUGAUCGAAAAGACGAAAUGUUUCCACCAACAACAGCAUUUGCUGCAAAUCAUUUACCAUUCAUUGGAUUUACAUACACAAGUGACUUUCAAUUAUUAAAUAUCUCAGGUCAAGAUAUGCCAGAUACAACAACUACCACGACAACAACAACAACUCGUAUGCAUAAUCAUCACCAUAGACCAUCAAAUAGUGCUGAAAUUAUGAAAUUAGAAGCAAUGCUUCAACGUGAAAGAAGUACAUUAGAAAUGUUGGAGAAACAAGAAAGGAGUCUGAGGCAGCAAAUUGAAACAAUAACUCAACGCGAGUCAGAAGUUAGAAAUUUGGCGAAUGAUUAUGAGAAAGAAUUGGCAAUGCUUAAGCAUACGUUUAGGGAAGUACAACGAAAGUCCGAAAACGAAUCAGAAUUGCGUAAAAAAACAGAAGCAGUGCUGAAUGAGACGAAAAAGCGUCUUGAAGAAGAACAGAGCAAGAGAAAACGUGAAAUGACGAGUAAUCAGCAAUUUAAUGAUAAGAUUAAUGGACUAGAGAAGCAAUUGAAUGAUGUUCAAGAGAAAUAUAAAACAGAAACGGAAAAUAGUCAAAAGCUGAAGAAACAAAUUGCCGAACUUCGUCUGGUGAAAAGUGAUAUGGAACAUAAAAUGGACGAACUUCAAUCAAUAAUGACUGGACUGCAGACACAACGUGAUGUAUUACAGCAAGAAGUUGCUGAGUUAGAGACGCGUUUAGCUCAAGAAAAAACAGCGCGAACACAAAGUGUUGAGAUCCAAAAAGAGCUUGAAGGGAAAGUCCUCACAUUACAUGAUAAUAUGGAACGAUGUACCAAGAGAGAGAUGAAGGUUCUCGAUGAUAAUCGACAUUUGAGUGAGAAAAUAUCUGAACUUGAAAAGGAAAAUGCAUCAAUUGAACUUGAACUUAAGGCUGUUCAGAAUCGCUAUCAACAAGAGUUAAAUACGAGACAAGAAAUUGAAAAGACGAGAAUUGCACAUAAGGAUGAUAUGAGUAUGCAGGAAGUAAAGUCAUUGCAAGCUAAAUUAAACGAGGAAAAAUCAGCGAGACAAAAAUCCGAUCAAAUGUCACAAGAGAAGGAACGACAGAUAUCAAUGUUGUCAGUCGAUUAUCGUCAGAUCCAGCAGCGAUUACAGAAACUGGAAGGUGAAUAUCGUCAGGAAACUGAAAAGGUUGAAGUCCUACAUAUUCAAUUAGAGCAAGAACAAAGUAAAAAGACUUCAUUGUUGUCAGAAUUCAGCCUGCAAAGUUCAGAAGUGGCGCAUUUAAAAUCAAGAGAAAUUCAGCUUGUAAAGGAAGUCCAACAAUUAAGAGAAAUGAAGAAAAAAUUCGAAGAGGACGUAUCAAAGAUCAAAAAUGCUCACAAUUCAGAUAUAUUACAAAUGAAGGAACUACAAGAUCAAUUAGAAGCCGAACAAUAUUUCUCGCGAUUAUACAAAACACAAAGUUCCGAAUUGCGAGAAGAAGUUGAGGAUAGAACUCGUUCACUUCAGUAUCUUGAAGAAGAGAAACAAUCAGUAUUUCAUCAGUUGCAGUUAGCACUAGCUAGAGCUGAUUCCGAAGCUCUGGCGAAGUCAAUAGCAGAGGAGACGGUGGCAGACUUAGAAAAAGAAAAGACUAUGAAGGAAUUAGAAAUUAAAGACUUAAUAGGAAAACAUAGGAAUGAAAUUGCAGCUAAGGAGACACAAAUUCAGAGUCUACGUGACAUUGAGAAUGAUUUGAGCAAUAAGGUAUCGAUCAAAAGUAGUGAAAUUGAGGAACUUACGAAUCAAAACAAUAAAAUUCAGGAUGAUUUGGCUAAAUAUAAGGUUGAUCAGGUGGAAUUGGAGAAGCUUCAUGCAAAAUUGAAGAAUGAGACGUUAUUGAAGCAGCAAGCAGUCAAUAAACUCGCUGAAAUAAUGAAUAGACGUGAUGGAGUCAUUCCAGGCAAACAAAAAACGAAGGUCAGUGCCAGUCAGAAUGCUGAACUUAAAAAGAAAGAAAAGGAGAGUCGACGACUUCAAUUGGAGUUGACACAAGAGCGCGACAAGUUUAAUCAAUUGAUGCUCAAAUAUCAGGACAUACAGAAUCAGCUUUUAGAGGAACGACAAUCAAAAAUGAAGCUUCAGAUGGAGAAUGACUGCAAAGCAACAGAAAUAGAGCAUCUGCAAAUGAAAUUGAACGAAACAGCAUCACUAUCGUCUGCCGAUAAUGAUCCGAGUGAGGAUCAAGAUACAAUUUUUGAAGGAUGGCUACAUGUUCCAAACAAACAAAACAUCCGAAGGCAUGGCUGGAAGAAGCAAUAUGUCGUCGUUUCAUCCAGACGAAUCAUAUUUUAUAACUCUGAACAGGACAAGCAAAAUCGUGAUUCAAACUUAAUUUUGGAUUUAAGUAAAGUAUUCCAUGUACGUUCUGUAACGCAAGGUGAUGUCAUUCGUGCCGAUGCCAAAGAUAUUCCACGAAUUUUCCAAUUACUAUAUGCCGGUGAAGGAGAAGCUCGACGUCCUGAUGAACAGAAUUUAGACAUGUCACUUAAAAGUACAGACGAUUUACGUCUUCGCAAUACGAUAGUUAAAGGACAUGAAUUUGUGCAAAUUAGCUAUCACAUGCCGACAACGUGUGAGAUGUGUCCAAAACCAUUAUGGCACAUGUUUAGGCCACCAGCUGCUUAUGAAUGUAAAAGAUGUCGAAUUAAAGUACAUAAAGAACACAUUGACAAUAAUGAUCCCCUUGCACCAUGUAAAUUACAUCAUGAUCCAAACAGUGCUCGUGACUUGCUUCUUCUUGCCACAACAGCUGAAGACCAGACGAAAUGGGUGUCUAGACUUUCGAAACGUAUACAAAAAUCUGGUUAUAAAGCCAAUUCAAUAACAAAUAAUAAUUUAAAUAAUACUUCUGGUGAUGGUGGAACUAAAAUUUCACCGAGUCAAUCAACGCGCUCAGCAUAUAAACCUUACGCAGUAAAUAAUAACUUACAAAAGUCAGCAACCUUACCACCCAAUUCUCAGCUUAACAAACAAACCUAAGACAAUAAUUGUCAUAUUAUUGGACAUAAUUUUUUCUUUUCAUCUAAUUAAUAAUAUUACAAUUUUUAAUAUUAAUUGAUUAAAAAAAGUUUUUGAGUUUCUAAGGGUCAUUCAUAAAUAUCUGUAACACAAUUUACUUUCAAACGGAAGGGGUUGGAGUUGUUUUAAAGUUUGACAUCGUUUAUGAACGACCCUGUUACCAAAUUAUUUUCUUUAUUCUUCAUUAUUUCCACCUGUCUUCUGUUCAUUCUCGGUGUGGUGACAAAAAAAAAAUGCCAAAAUGAGUAAAAUUUUACGAUAUACACAAUAUGUUAAUGUUUUGAGGAACGACUAAGGCUUCUUUUACCUGCUUUAAGUCUCUUCUUAUUUAAUGGUACAUUAUCAUAAACAAAACAAUACAUAGACAC